UCUGAUUGUCAAAGUGUUGACAAAGUGUUGACAAAGUGUUGACAAAGUGUUGACAAAGUGUUGACAAUAAACUAGACAUUAAAGACACUGAAGAAACUUAAGAGUUGACAAAUGUCAAGACAUGAGAGCAUCGGUGGUGCAGACAAUCGUCGGAACAAAUGUUUGUCUUUUUCUUUGGACUCAUUAGGUCUGAUCUAUAGAUGUUUGGAUACAAUCAUACUAUUAGUGGUGUUGUCGUAUCAGAACUACUCUCUCAGCUAUUGUUUAACUCUUCAUAACAAAGACAACAAUCUCUGGUUUUUCUACUUUUUGGUCGACUUUAUUGUUAUAUUUCUCUUCAUUUAUGGAUCAAUUGUUGCAAUUCGUUAUUAUCGUAAAUAUCAUGUCUUUAAGCGAUCAAAUAUUGGCGACUCUUCUGCGGAACAAACAAGACUGGAAGUCAUUGACAACAAUGUUAAGAGUGUCUCACAAAACAAUAAACAUUUUAAUAUAAGAUUUCCCAAAGUAUUGGGAAAACUGCCACUUCUUUGGAUUUGUUGGAUUUUGUACACUGUUUUGAUUUCUACCAAAAUAUUUAUAUUACAUCUUCAGAAUAUUGCACCGAAUUUGUAUAUGAAGUCCAUUAAUAAGGAGAAGAAUGUCGAGGAUUUCCAUCCGUUUACUAUUCAUAUAAGUUUAGCGGCGAUGACUGUUGUCUUCUUCUGUUGGAUUGAAAUUCAUCGCAAUUAUCGCAGCAAUAAAUCCAAAGAGUGUAUCAAAGAACUGACAACAUUAGCUGUGUUUGAAAUUUUUGAUUCCAUUGAUUUGUUAGACCUAUUACUUCCAGACAGUAAAGAGUUUAAUUUAGACAAUCAGUGGAUCUCAUCGUUUGUGGUAUUGUUGGCGACAAUCAAUCUUUUGUUGCCAACCAUUGGUUUAUUUCAAUUAAGUAAGAGUGGGAUGUAUUCCCAUAGUGUUAGUCUUCGUAUUGAUAUUUUACAUAAUUUCUUGCGAAUGCUUUUUGUGAACAUACCUUAUAUGAUAUUAAGAAUAAUUUUCUGGAUCUCAAUCAAGAAAGAAAUCUCAAUAUUUUUGCUGAAGAAUGCAUUGUUUGUAUUUAUCGGCAUUCGUCAUAUCAUAUCGGAAAUCCAUGAAUUGAAAACUACUCAAAAUACGGAUAAAUCAACAAUUGAAUUGUCUUUAAAUGUGGUUUCGGAUAAUACUAAAAGUGGAGAACAAAACAUUAAAGAUAAUCAAAUUGAUGAAUAAUAUACCAUAAAAAUCAUUUUAUUACUCUAUAAUUACUAAAUUUAUCCAAAGAACUGCCAAAGAGUAACACAUUUUUCAAAAAAUCUAUAAAAGUGUCAAAUAUUGCAAAUUUUUAGUACCGGU